GAAGCCAUGAGCGGCCUUUCUCCUCUACGCUGCAUGACCUAUUCGAACUUCAGACGUGGUGACAGUCAGUCACGUGCAAGCCCUCGUUCAUGUAGCCCGAGGUCCACCAAAGUUUCUCCGCAGAGGCAAUCCCGCAGCUCCUCCCAUCGCAGAGGCUCAACCUCCCAUCUUUCUGUGACCUCUCACACUUCAUCCAAAAGAGCUUCUCGAAAAUGCAGUCCAGCAACAAGACGAGCCUCUGUGGUCUCACAGACGCACUCUCCCUCUCGAAUAUCUUCGUCUAACAGAUAUACAGAUUCAUUGACCCACUCCCAAAAGCGAAUUCCUUCCCAGAGUUCCUAUGACCAACACAGUCUGGACUCGGAAAAGCUGUAUCGUAAUCUACAAUCAAUUGCUAGUUCAGCAGAGUCAGACACCUCACAACAGGGAAAAAAUGGUUGGUCAAAAAGGUCUAGAUCCAAACUGGAAACUGAUAGUUAUGGUUAUGAAAAUGGCCGAAGCAGCCGCAGUAGUGGUUGUAACAGUCGGAAAAGUGGACGCAACACUGGUUGCAACAGCAGAGAUUUCUCACCACAAGGUAGUGAGUACAACAGGAGUCAAUUUUCACCAAGAGGAAGUAGUCAUAGGAGUGGAUAUAACAGUCGCAUCAGUGGUUGCAACACAGGCUCUAACAGUCAUGACAGUUCACCUCCUCGUAGAGAUUAUGAUCAAAAUGGUCAUAGAUUAAUGAGCGAUAGAAAACAAAACCAUUACAGAGGUGAUAAAGGGCGAACAUUAUCAAAAUCAUCCACAUCAGACAGGCACUCAAGAACAGAUCUUAGCCAAUCACAGGGGUCCUUGCAUGGGACGACACAGUCUCCCAUAAGCUCAGCUUCCCCAGAGUCAUUGCACAACAUCUCAUCAUCAAAGCAAACCCAAGUCGAAAUCACAAAAACAGACAACCAGACCACUGAGAGAAGUAGAAGCACCAUUCGACGUGGUCUGGAGGCACUUAUACUCUCUGAAAACACAAGAUCUAAGAGCCAGCCACCUGUGCCAGAGAUGACAAUAGAGGACUAUGUGGUCAUAGCUGAUAUUCCUAGAGUAAAUCUGUAUCCAGAAGAAGAUGAGGCAAUCGUAGUGAGAAGGAGGCCUCAGAGUCGCAGUCCACAUAGAGACAAACAACACAGCUAUAGAGAAGAGAGAGAAGGCCGUGGCGAAUACGAGCCAGAGGAACGAGGGAGAGGGAGGGAGAGAGGACGAGACCGUAGAGAGAGGGAGAGGGAGAGGAGACGCCAUGACAAGGACACGGGAGGCUCAUCUGAAACCAACAGCUCCAUCUCAGGCAUAACACAGGUUUCACAGAGGUCCAGAGAAGAAAAUAACUCUUCAAGUAGACAUGAGGGAAAACAAUGUGACCCUCCAUUGAUGCAGAUACUAUACGGAAACUGGGUCGGCGCAUAACAACUUCAACUCUUCCUGUUUCAUGCCUUCAACCGGCUUACAUUAUUCAACGAUGACGCUCAACUCUUUGGACCUUAAAAAGGGAUGGAUGUUCAUGCUGGACAACUGCGCAGAAUGGAGAAAGUUCUGGUUUGUGCUAGACAGCUCUGGACUGAAAUACUAUACCAACCCUGAUGCUGAGGAGAGGGCUGAGCCAGAUGGAGAGAUUGAUAUUUCAUGCUGUCUAGAAGUGGUGGAGUUUGAAGCGGAUAAGAACUAUGGACUUCAGAUACAUAUGAGAGACGCAGAAAUCACUCUGUCAGCCAUGACUUCCCGCAUCAGGAGGAACUGGAUAGACAUUCUGCAGAGACGCAUCAAUACCACUGAAUCACCCGAUAACGCACGACACCCAGACAGCACCAAUGCCACCUCCCGAAAUGCAGAAACCUUCAGGUUCUCACAUCGAGAUCGACACGAUUCAGGGUCAGAGCCCACAAGCCCGUCUCACGAUGACCCAGACAUGAUGUCAUUGCCCUUGACCAAUCACCGGGAGGCAGGCGUGGGUCGAGAUACGGAACAGGAAAAGCGAUUAGGGGACAGGACUAAGUGGUUCCAGGAAGGCGGUUCGGACAGAGAGGCCGACAGCCCAUGGGACAAAGUGCAGCUGAAAAAGGGGGCGGUGGCUUGUGUUAUGCCGCAGAUCCCCGAGACCAUGACGGGGACGGACAUCGAGAAGAAGUGGGAGGAUUUUGAGAAGAUUCCUGUAGGGGAGAUGAGGUCUUUAUCUCUGAUUGGCUCAGAGCCUCCACAAGGAACCAAUGAGGCGCUACAGAGUGAGGUGAUGUCUCUGAGGCAGCAGAUCGAGGUGCUGCGUAAAGGCCGAGCCGCGUCUAAAUCUGCGGUUUCCUGUGGCCCGGGGUCACCCUGUGCCUCCAGACUGGAAGAGUUGGAGAGAGAGCACAGGGGGAGACUGCAGGAGAUGGAGAGAGUGCAUGAGAGAGAGAUGAGAGAGAUGGAGACUCAGAGAGAGCAGAUGCUGAGAGAGGAGGCGCACCAUGCGGCACAAGCGAUAGAUGCUCUGAGAAAGGCCCAUCAGGAGGAGCUGGAGAGAGUGAGAGGAGGGGAACAAACAGAUUCCACUGUACUAAAGUCCGAGUGUGUCUCUCUGCAGCAGGAGUUGGAUGGUCUCUCAGAGCGUUACACUCAGAGGUGUGUGGAGCUGACUCAGUUACAGAACGCCACAGGACAGAGACACACACUGAUUGAGGAGAGGCACAGAGAAGUGGAACAACUCCGCAAAGAGAACCAGGAACUGCAGGCACGUCUGACUGAAGAAAUGAGCCUCAUGCGAUCCUUCAUCACGGGUCAAAGGUCAGGGGUCAUUGCUGUCGGAAGCUACGAGCACAGUGCCUCAGAAUUGGAGAUGUUGUUGCGAGUGAAGGAGAAUGAGAUCGAGUACUUACACAAGGAGAUCAGCUGUCUCAGGAACGAGAUCCAGUCAUUAAUUAAGGAGAAGCAGGAGCUGAGCGAGCGUUACAAGGCCGUGUAUGUGGAACUGUGUGGACUGAAGGGGCUCAGUGACAGAGAGAUCAGCUCUCUUAAAGAACACCUCCGGCUGACCAACGCCGCUCUGGAGGAGGAACAGCAGCACCAACUGAGACCUUAAAUUAUUCAGAUAUGAACAAACUCAGACACUUUCUUCUUCCUCUAACACAGACAUGCACGAUGUCUGUCCCUCCUCGUGUGGCUUUGGAUGGUGCUUCAUGCUGAUUUGUUUACUGAGAGAGAUGAGGUACUUUCCAUGCUGGUUUUGCUACCAGAAAAUAAAAAUAUGUAAAUCUUU